CAUCGCAGCCAUGUUGGACGUCCUUAAUGCAGAGAACCAUCCUGAUAGACGGGCUCUCGUUUUUCUAACACAGCGGGCACUUUUGUCGACUUUCCAGUCGAAGUUUUUAAAUAUUCCGUAACGUGGCAAUUCCCCCCCACCCCGGGGAGAUACCGUCCAAGACUUACGGCCCACGAUGGCGCGGGUGAACGAUACGGAAACUUUCCGCUGUCAGACGGCGCUCAUCAUGGAGGUGGCGGUGGAAUCGGCCGUGUGUGUCCUCCAGCAGAGCCUCGGAGGGAGACCGCAGGCUGCCGGGGGCGAAGAUCUGAAGCCUCAGCUGACAGCCAUCUUGAACAUGAUGGCGAGGGAAGCUGUGCGUAAAAUCUGCAGCAUCUUCGGCGAGCUGUGCGGGAGCUUGGCGAAGGAGAAUGAGACCUUGAAGGGCAAAGUGGAACGACUGGAGGCUGAGCGCAGCUCAAAGGACAAACAAACAUCUGGAGCUAAGAAAACAAAGAAUGGAGCCGCCGUCUCAGUAGACUUGAAACGACCCGCUGCAGACCCCAUGACGCUCGCCAUGGCCAUCCUCAAAAAAGCCAAAGAAUCCUGCGGCAAAGCGAGCAGCAGUCCUCCGUUGCCUGUGGUCAUCAUCAAGUCGCCCGGGGCAUUCAGAGUCCAGCCUGGUCCCGUCUCCUCCGUGCAAACGCCACAUCAGUCCGCAAACAACCCUCAGUCCUGCAGCGUGACAUCACUUCCUGAGGAUCAGCGGGCGUGUGAGGCAGCCAAAGAAGAAAAACCCUUUGAAGAGGCGGAGAAGGGAGUAGAACCAGUCCAAGUGAAAAUUGAAGAGCGGAUGGUGGCUCAGACUUAUCAAGCUGCUGCCGGUGAAGAGGACCAGAAGGAGCAUGAGAGAAAGAGAAGGAGGGAGCUGUACAAGCAGAAGAGGUUCUUCUGUGAGCGCUGCAACAAAGGCUUCCACCAGAGGCACCAGCUGAGGAAGCACGUGUCUCGCCACGUCAAGCCCUUCCCCUGCACGCUGUGCGACAAAGGCUUCUACGAGGCCAAAACCCUGCAGAAGCACCUGCUGGGCCACCAGCUGAAGGACGCCCAGGAGCGCGACCCCGACAAGAUGAUCGCCUGCGAUCAGUGCAACAGAAAGUUUCGGCUGGCACGGCAGCUGCGAGUCCACCAGGCCACCCACCGCCUGGAGAAGGCGCCUUUGCGGUGCGGCACCUGCGAGCGCACCUUCACCUCCUUGGCCGUGCUGCGCUACCACGAGGUGUCUCACACCGAGAUCAAGCCCUACAUUUGCGACGUCUGCGGGAAAGGCUUCCUCAGGAAGAAGAACCUCCGCGAGCACCAGACCGUCCACACGGGUGCGCGGCCCUACCCCUGUCCGGCCUGCGGCAAGAGGUUCUCCACCUCCGGCAACCUCCGAGUCCACAAAAGGUCGCACUCGGAGGACCGGCCCUUCAAGUGCACCGAGUGCGACAAGGCCUUCAAGAGUCGCAUGGGCCUGCUGCAGCACCGCGUGGUCCACUCGGGGGAAAAACCCUUCAUGUGUCAGACGUGCGGGAUGAGAUUCGGCCUCAAGUACAACUUCCAGAGGCACCUGCGCCUCCACAACGGAGAAAAACCCUGCAGGUGCGAGAAAUGUGGCGAAGGCUUCUCGGGGACGUGGGCCCUGAAGACCCACAUGCUGGUCCACGGCAUCGAGAAGCCCUUCAUGUGCGACUUCUGCGGGAAGACCUUCUUCUACAACUGUCAGCUGCAGAAGCACCAGCUGCUGGUCCACAAGAACAAGGACGGCGUGAAGGCCGGGGGCGUGUCCAGGCGGCGGCGGGCGUCCGGCAUGAAAGCGUUCAGCUGCAAGACGUGCAUGAAGAGCUUCAGCAGCAGCAGCACCCUGCGCACGCACGAGAAGAGCCACGCCGACAACAAGGAGUUUGCGUGCGAGACGUGCGGCAAGUCCUUCCACUUGCGCCACCUCUACGUCUACCACAUGAGGCGGCACAGCGGCGACCGGCCGCACGUCUGCGACGUCUGCCAGAAGGGCUUCAUGCUGGUGUCGCAGCUGAGGCAGCACGAGCGCCUGCACACGGGCGCCAAGCCCCACAAGUGCCAGGAGUGCGGCAAGGCCUUCAGGACGUCGCAGAACUACCACCGCCACCUGCUGGUGCACACGGGGGAGAAGCCCUACGAGUGCGUCAUGUGCAGCAGGAAGUUCAGACAGUCCAACCAGCUCAAGUCGCACAUGCAGAUCCACACCGGCAUCAAGCUCUACCCCUGCCGGAGCUGUGGGCGGGGCUUCUCGGACUCCAGGCAGCUGAAAAAGCACAACUGCGGCGACUCGCAGCCAAACUCGCUCGAGUCCGGAAGCAAGCGUAAGAAACAGAGGAAUGUUUUUCCGUGGAGCGAGGGCUUUGUGAAUGAGUCAUCCUAAAACUUCUGUGUGGGGGGAUGACGUCACAGAUCCCUUCAGCCAAUCACGGUCUUGUACAAGAAGAUGAUCACGUGGCAAGUAAUGAACCACACAAUCUAUAAGGGAUAAUCAAAGCUGUGGUUUCAGUCAAAUAGAAACAAACACAAAGAAUAAUAAAGAUAUUUUGCUAUAUGUAUAGAAAUUGUCAUUUUUACUCAGCUGAGUCGUGUAAAUACUAU